CGCGGGGAGGGGGGCAGUUUGUUGUCGGACAUGGAAAGGGAGAGAGAGGCUCUGGAGAGGCAGAUUCGACUACUGCAGGAUCUUAUCAAUAGUCACAGGAAUUUGCACGGUGACGCUCCUGCCACUUCAAGAUGGCAGAAUCCUGCAUGUCCCAACUACCGAUCACAAAUGGUCCCACGUGGUGGCUUUUCACAGACAGGGCAUCGGUUCGUUGGCCAGCAGCAGCAGCAGCAGCCACUUCAUUAUGGGAACAGGAGGAAAAAAUAUUCUCUUGUAAAUCGGACUUCAGAUGUAAGUGAGCAGAAAGGCUCAGCAUCCUCAGGUACUAUUCGAGGAACAGAAGUGAAAGUGACAGAUGCUUCGAUCACACCACUGCCAGCUAGUGCUCACCUUAAUUUGACACUGAAGCCUGCUGUGGAUUCUUUCUUUGCACCAGCUCUAAAAAUGGGGAAACCGAAUGUGUCCUCGAAUCCUUCAAAUGUCAGUAGAGAGUGUAGAGCUUCUGUGUCAAAACCAAAAUGUUCCUCUGUGAUGGGGAGCAGUCACAAUCCACAAAAAGGGAAAAACUUGGAAGACUCGGAAACCUCUUCCACAUCUAUGCAUCAAGGGACUCUGAGUUCUGCACUUGGAGCUCCUCUUCAGCAACCUUUGUGUACUUCCAAGAGAAGACUAUCCUUGUCUUUGCCGGAUAAGAACUGCUCUGUGCCAGUCUCUCCACAAACACAGCUGCCUUUAAAGAAUUCCCCAUCACCUCCCUUCAAAACAAAGCUUCCUACAUCUUUGAGGACGGAGUUAAAAUCUACUCCACCUAAUCCCACUGUAGACCUUUCCAAGAGACGUCUCGUGACUCCCCACAGAAUUUACAGCUCUCCCAAAAACACCUUUACUCCCCAAACCUCUAAAACUGCAAGAGUGCCAAAGACUAAGUAUACCUGGAUUGCAAAUCCACUUAAAACCAAUGUGAAUGGUAAGAAAACCAGCCCUAAUACUAAAAAAAUUGUGAAUGUGGAGACCUCAAGGACUAAACCUCUGACCCAUUCACUGGUGGCUAAAGGGAAGAAAACCUGCGUUCAGCAGAAGACUGGAUCUUGCAAGAAUAGGUACAAGUGGAAAGCGAAUCAACAAGGCCACUCAUCCUCAGGUUCAGUAUUGGUGCCACCCAGGUCUGCCACCAGUGUGCAUGAUCAGGGGUCCUUGCCAAGUUUACCACUGACAGAUGUUUCCUGUGAAGAAGGGAAGAAAGCCUCAUUGCCUCCUGGGCAAAAAGCAGAACUGACAGACUUGGCACAUUCGAGUUACAAGGUGUCAAGCCGCACCAAAAUCAUCAGGAGGAGGUGCAAUUCAUGUUCUCCAACAGAAAAGAGAGUCUCUCCUGUGGCUCCUCUCACCAUAAAGAGUCGCUACAGUCUCCGGCGUAGAAACUCCCCUCGAGUGAAAUCUCCACCAGCUUUAAAAAGAAACUCCCCCAAGGGGCUGGUGCACAUCACUAAACACAGACUGAGGAGACUUCAUCCGCUGAAACCAUCGAACAUGGCUGGAGAAGGACCGACCUCGCCUGCUGUAAGAAGCCCUCCUUCCAGCCGAGUUAUAAAGACCCGAUACAGGAUUGUGAAGAAAAGCGCACUGCCUACCUUUACGCCAUCUCCGACCACUGCCUUUAACCCCUCCCUUAACUGGAAAACGCGGCUGCUGUUAAACCGAAUUCGUCAGCUUUCCCCCGGCGCCAGGUUUAACCCAAGCCAACAGAGAUGGCGGAGUGGCGGCCUAUGCUGUAUCGGAGGCGUUAUGUAUAGGGUGUCUGCCAACAAGCUUUCCAAAACAUGGAGUCCUGGCACAGCCAGCAAGCAGACACCUAGAGCAGGGAAAGGGGAUCUCGGCAGCACCGGUUCAUUUUACGGCAGCAGAUCACCCACCUCGAGCCAGUACAUUGCAAGCCGAGCAGUCCAGCGUAGCUUGGCGAUUAUCCGGCAAGCCCAACAGAAAAAGGAGAAGAAGGAAUAUUGUAUGUAUUAUAAUCGAUUUGGAAAGUGCAACCGAGGGGCGAGCUGCCCUUAUAUCCACGACCCGGAGAAGGUAGCCGUGUGCACCAGGUUUCUACGAGGCACAUGUAAGAAGACUGAUGGGACCUGCCCCUUCUCUCAUAAAGUCUCCAAGGACAAGAUGCCGGUGUGCUCCUACUUCCUUAAAGGGGCAUGUCACAAUAACGACUGCCCGUACAGCCACGUCUAUGUCUCCAGGAAGGCUGAGGUCUGUCAGGAAUUCCUCAAGGGCUACUGUCCAAUGGGAGAGAAGUGUAAAAAGAAGCACACCUUGCUAUGCCCAGACUACGCUAGGGAUGGCACCUGUGCCAAGGGAGCCAGCUGCAAACUCCAGCACCGGGCCAAGAAGAAACGCUUGGAGAAUGCAGCCCAGACGCCUCCGAAUCACUCAGGAUCAAAGCAGAACCGGCCCUCGACGCAGAGCUCUGGGGAUACAGAGCGCGUGGAUGUAUCGGGAGCGUGCUGCAGUGACGGGGAGUGCUCCAACCGUGGCAGUUUACGGAAGUUGCCCUCUUUCAUUUCUCUGAACUGUUCCCUUACCCCCACUAGCAAUGUCAUCUCGCCAGAUAAGACGUCCAAGUCAGCAGAGGAUACAGGGAAGCCUCUCCAGAUCAAACCAAGGCUGUGAUGCUCUCUGUGGGAUCGUACGUAACGCGGGGUGUGUUCCUGUGUCCUUCUCCAGCCCAUCUCAGGAUCCUCGUUUACCUUGUUGUGUGUGCUGUGUGUGCUGUGUGCGUGUCCCUGCACCAGCAGGUCAUGGUUUCCUAAAUGGGGAUAACAAACACCCCCUACAGUUUGCAUAGAAACUAGUCAGUGGAUGCAGAGGACAUGGUGUGAGUGUUUAUAAAGAAUCCUAUCCUAGCUGCUUCAUGCUGAAUACCCAGAAACUGCCUUUAGGAUGAGUGUGUGUGAAUAAGCGAGGGAAUUUAGACAAGUUUGGUACAUUGGAAAUGCCUUCCAUGUCAGCAGCGUCCUAGCAGGGUCUGUAGACCAGGAUGUGGCUGGUUUAGUUGGGUAGCAAAGCAAAUCCUGUAGUGGAGAGCCGUUUUUUAGAAAAUAUUUGAGUUCUUUUCUUGGUUCUGGUAACCGAUAGUUUUUAACCCUCAAUUGUCUGCCCAUGUCUAGCUUUUCUGAUCCUUCAUUCACAUGUUUCACCAGGAAUGGCUGAUCGGUAUUACAUCCCCAGGGAAAGGUUUCCGCACUGUGAUACGAGUUAGUUCAGAAACGUUUCUGUAUUGCGAAUCUUUAGCCCUUUUUGUGAAAGCUGGGGAGAGCAUAUUGAAUUGUACAAGAGAGAUACUGGCGGGUGCCAUUCACCGCCCAUUCCUCCUCCUGUUCUCCUCUCUGCUCCUGUAAUGCCAUCUGAAGGCAUGGAGUGGUAAAAUCCAGAGACCAUUCCGAGUGGGGUGUUUGCUUAGCCCUGUAACAUGCAAAGAGUUAAACACGAGUUAAUAAAGUAUAAAAAAACGUUUUGUUUAAUAUAUAUUUAGUUGUGUUCUAUAUAUUUACAAUGUUUCCAGGUGGUAUUGGAUGAGAAAACUACUGGCGUUGAUUCACUGAACCAGCAAUUGAAAGAGAGAACGUUUUACGCCGAAAUAGACAAAUUGGAAAAUUCCUACAAUUCAUCUUUUUCCAACUUUUGGUAUUUUGCUUAAAAUGUUUAAUUCUUUUAAAAUUCUUGGUAAUUUCUCCAUCUUUGUAUAAUCUGGCUAAUGGUUCUGUAGCUGGUCGGCACAGGUGAUGUCUAAUUGUCAGGAACGCAGCGAACCGGUCCGUCACUCCACUCGUACCAGGUAUCGGAUCCAUAGACUGGGGGCGACUUGGAGGAAAUCUAUUUUAUUUCAGGAAUAGUUAUUUUAUAAGAGCUGGCAGUUACCAGUUCUUUUCAUUGUAUUAAAUAUUUUAGCAUUUUAAUAAAAUGCAGGUAUUUACGUGUA